GUACAUGGCGCCAGGAUGGAACAGCACCAGCUCUGGGUCAACUUCAGUUCCCUCAAUGAGGGCAACUUGUCAGCGGCAGUUUUGCCCCGGCUUAUGACCGAAAUGGUCGAUGGGGUUUUCGGGGAAGAACCGUUCGAUUUGGUUUUGCCAAGUGACGAUGUUUGGCAAACGAAAAUUUACUACAAGCUGGUGGAGAAGCAAAGACUUGAGGAUGCUUCAGAGGGGGAGCGAAAAAUUGUCAAGUUUCUCCUUGAAUUUUUUUUCCUUGGAUUAAAAUUCGACGAAGCCGACGUAACAAAAUCCAUAAAUCCACAAACAAUAAUCACAAAAACUCCACCAAAUCAAUCAAUAAAACCCCUAAAUAAACACCAUAGGUCAAAGUUCACACUUUUCCCGUUACCAGCCAACCAACCCAUCACUCAAUGUCAUCAACCCAUCAUCAAAAUUCCCUCUUCCAGAAUGUGGCUUCAACAGGAACCCAUCACUGAGCCCAAACUCCACGAUUGGCUCAUUCAACCGAAAAAGAAACAAACCGAAUGCUCUCCACCAAUCAGAAACACGAUAGAGAAACGAAGACGCAAAGAGGCGGGGCCUGGACCGAUCACGUGGACUGUUUCAGACAUAUCGAAAGCUGCAUGUAUUCUAGCCCAGCCUCCAGCUCCGACCACUUUCGACGACGAACAGGAAAUGAGACGAGUCUAUACUUUGAUUUACGACGUUUUCAGACAUAAAAACGUGCUUACGCAAGCUUUGAACGAUAUCGCGUUCUUCCAUUUCUAUCCCGAGUUGGAAAUAAAACUACCUCACAUUUGGCUUUUGUUCUACGACUUAUAUCAUCGUGGUUUCAAAAAACGCGAAACCUCGGUGGCUGCGUUAGCCAUUAAACUAUUCAAAGAGGUGGGUGUGUGGGCGGUGGAGGCGGCGCUAUGGGAGUGGCGAACAAAAUUAGCAGCAGCUGUGGCCCGCCUCCGAAUCAAACACAGCGCUUUGAGCCUCAGCGAUUUGCUCCCCACCCAUUUAAGGGGCGGAGCUGGGGGCGGAGGCAUCGUCACGUGUUGGAUUAACCUCAAAAAAGUCAAAAACACCCUCGAAUUGAAACAACAAAUCGAAAAUGAGUUUAACCUCACCCCCGUCGAUACGUCACGCCCACUUACCCCCUCCACUUACACGUGGGACAAACACUGCCCACAUAUCGUCGUCUUUCACUCCUCCCUUCGCUCCGCCCUCGCGCGCAGCCAACUAAUCAAAGCGCACAAACUUGUCGUUCAAGACCGGUCGUUUUGUCUUGGACCGGCGACGUUUUACAAACACGUGACUGACCUUGAACUUGCUGGAAGUGUCAUACAAACGCAUAUAAAUUCCCCCAGAACCACGGCCUACUUGGCUACGAUUCUAUCACAAAAUGAAAAAAUUAAAAAAUUGAUGGCGUUCAGUGCCGGCGGUCGUAAAGUUGAAUACGAGGCGUAUCUCAGUAGGCUGGGUAUGACAAAUGUUGCGGUGUUUGCUGAUAGGCUGAUUGAUGUGUCACCUGAUGCCAAUUACAUGGAAGAGGUGGUGGCUGUUUUUGCCACGCCUCCUAAUAGCUAUAGUGCGGUUUGUGAUCCAAUUGAUUUGGUUUGUAGUAGAGGAGGGGAUUUGACAAUGUUGGAGAUUUUGACAGAGGCGGAGGAGAAUGAGGAGGGAAGGCAAAGGGUGUUUAGAAUUUUGGAUGAACAGAGAAGGACCUUGAGGUUUGCAAUGUCAAGGCCACAGAUCCAGUUCGUCCUUUACGAAACCCAUUCGGGAAUUGACGCCGAAAACGAUGGAAUGAUCCAACGAACUGUCAAAGAAGUGAACAAAAACGCCAAAUUACAUCAUGCAACUCUUCAAGGUAAACUGGUGGUUCAAAUUUACCCCGAACAAAGUCUUGAAAUAAACAACAACAAUGAAAAAUCAGACGAAAACGAACAAAAAACUACAGAAAGUGUUAAAUUAUCGAUGGAUAGUGAUGAAAAACUCUUUGAAAACAUUCCGGUGCCAGAAACGGAUAUUUUUGAUGUUCCGAUUUUACCUCAUCUAUGUCCAAGCGAUACUUCGUGUAUAAAUUACGAAAAAGAGGGUUGUUUUUUGGCGUUACUUCAACGAAAACAAGUAAUUAGAUUGGAUAAUAAAUAUAUGAUACAAAUGGCAGAAAAUCGGGGUCUUUUUGGACGAACUUCCUCGUCUAGUACUAAGACAAAAGGGGGAAAAACCGCCAGAAAAAAACAAGAAAAGGAAGUAAAACAGCCUCCGAAAAGCAAAAGGAGGAUUAAAGACCUCGAGGUGGCUCGAAUCGCCGCCCCCACACACACAUUCCUCCGUCACACCAAAGAUUGUGAUAUUGAGCGUUGUUGUCGUUGCCAACUUGACGAAGACGAAAUGAAAGAAAAACCAUCAAUUUAUAGACAAUGGUGGUCGGAAACAACUCGACAUCUUAUAGCACUUCGUUCAAAUCUUGUCAGAAAUAAAAUUUUACCACCUCCACGAAAAAAUAGUAAAAUCGACACAAAACUCGUCAUCGAUUCGUUCAUUUCGAACAAAAGUCGAAAAAUCGACGAAAUCGUCGCUAAAAGUCGAGGAGAAGACCAAACGUCGGUACCGAUUUUUCCAAAAUUGAAACUUACACGAGAAAAUCGAAGCGAAAAAGUACAAAUGCAACUGCCUGUUACCAUGGUUAAGUUUGGCGCGCUGUGAUGUGUUUUAAUCAAUAAAGAGCAUUUAUUUGGUU